AUGCUGCAGAUCUGGUUUUCUCUUCUAUCUGGCCUCUGUUUUCAGUUGAUUUUCUUCUGCAGUGCUGAGGAAGGGCUGGAGUUCCCUAAUUUUGAUGGAAAGGACAGGGUGUUGGACAUCAACGAGCGCAACUUUAAGAAAGCUCUGAAGAGAUACGACCUUCUGUGUCUGUUCUACCAUGAACCUCUGCCGGCCAACAAGGGCCUCCAGAAACGCUUUCAGAUGACCGAGCUGGUGCUGGAGCUGACAGCGCAGGUUCUGGAAAACAAAGACAUCGGUUUUGGGAUGGUGGACGCCCAGAAGGAUGUGAAAGUAGCCAAAAAACUGGGGAUGGAAGAGGUGGGGAGUCUGUAUGUCUUUAAGGACGACCGCGUCAUUGAAUUUGACGGGGAGCUGUCGGCCGACACCUUGGUUGAGUUCCUGUUGGACGUGCUGGAGGAUCCAGUAGAAAUGAUCAAUAACGCCAUGGAGCUGCGGGCCUUCGAGAGAAUGGAGGAAGACAUUCGCCUCAUUGGUUACUUCAGGGGAGAGGAUUCACAUUUCAAAGCUUUACAGGAAGCAUCAGAGCGUUUUCAGCCCUACAUCAAGUUUUUUGCAACUUUUGAUAAAUCAGUAGCCAAACAUCUCUCCCUGAAGAUGAACGAGGUGAAUUUCUAUGAGCCAUUCAUGGAGGAGCCGGCCAUCCUCCCAGGCCGACCUCUAUCAGAGAUGGACAUCGUGGAGUUUGUCAACCAACACAGGAGGGCUACAUUACGGAAGCUCCGGGCUGAGAACAUGUUUGAGACAUGGGAGGAUGACAUGGAUGGAAUACAUAUUGUUGCUUUUGCUGAGGAGGAAGAUCCAGAUGGAUAUGAGUUCCUGGAGAUCCUGAAGGACGUGGCCAGAGACAACACUAACAACCCGGAGCUCAGUAUCGUGUGGAUCGACCCUGAUGACUUCCCUCUGCUGACCACAUACUGGGAAAAAACCUUCAAGCUGGACCUGUUCAGACCUCAAAUUGGCGUGGUCAACGUCACAGAUGCAGACAGCGUAUGGCUGGACAUGUCCAACGACGAGGACCUCCCUACGGCGGAGGAGCUGGAAGACUGGAUCGAGGAUGUCCUGUCUGGGAGGGUGAACACUGAAGAUGAUGAUGAUUUUGCCGAUGACCAGGAAAACACUGACGGCUACACGUCAGAGGACAGCGGGGAAACUCAUGACCCAGAUGAAGAUGACAGUGACGACUGAGCUUGGAGAAAGUGUUUUCUUCCAAUCCUGGGUCAAAAUAAACAAAUUAGAAGCAGAUCAUUUCUGUAAAGAAGUAAAAAUAAAUAAUGUCCCUGAUAAAAUGUUAAAUUAUAAAUAGAUAUAAACCAGAGCUGAUUAUGGUGCAUCAUGGGAAUGUUAUUUCUGUCAUAGUUAGCACAGUGCUGGAGGCCUGGAUCAGAAAAAGUUUAGUUUCCAUGUCAAAUAGUUUUCUGUUAAGGUUGAUGUGAACAAUUUAGACUUGUUUUGUGUAGAAAAGUAAGCGUAAAACUACAACUUAAAAUGUUAAAUGUUAAAGCUGUG